CGCCCGGAAGCCACGCCGUCAGUCACUGACAGUCCAAUUGCUUCGCUUCUCUGCCAGCACGCGCGCCCUCUGCUUCUCACUUCCAUGGCCAUGGACGCCGCUGCCGCCAACACGGUGGUUCCUUCGGGCCCUGUCCCGUUCAAGGACGUCGACGACGGCACCGUCCCGGAGCACACUCCCAAGGAGGAGUUCGGCGACCUCGUGGCCGCGCUGCCGCGCCGGCAGCAGUCCAUCCUGGAGCUGCGCCUGUACCAGGGCUUCUGGCUGCCGGAGCACUGGGUGCCGGGCACCGUCGUGUUCCAGCGCCGCUUCUCCCCGCGCCCCGACGAUGUGGUCCUCGCCAGCUACCCCAAGUGCGGCACCACGUGGCUCAAGGCGCUGGCCUUCGCCGCCGCGGCGCGCGGCGCGUACCCGCCCGCCGCCCCCGGGCACCCGCUCCGCCGGCUCAACCCGCACGACUGCGUCCCGUUCAUCGACGAGAUCUUCGCCGGCGGGGAGGAGGCCAAGCUCGACGCGCUCCCGUCGCCGCGCCUCAUGAACACGCACCUGCCCUACACGCUGCUCCCGGACCGUGUCACCAACGCAGGCGGGUGCCGCGUCGUGUACGUCUGCAGGGACCCCAAGGACAUGGUCGUCUCGCUGUGGCACUUCCUCCGGCGCGCCAAGCCGGACCUCUCGUUCGUCGAGACGUUCGAGUCCGUCUGCGACGGCACGGUGGCCGCCGGCCCGGUCUGGGACCACGUCCUCUCCUACUGGCGCCCGAGCGUGGCGCGUCCGGACAGGGUGCUCUUCCUCAAGUACGAGGACCUGCUGCGGGACACCGCCGCGAACGUGCGGCGGCUGGCCGAGUUCAUGGGCCGGCCGUUCACCGCCGCCGAGGAGGCCGCCGGCGACGUCGCGGCCGUCGUGGAGCUGUGCAGCUUCGAUGAGAUGAAGGGGCUGGACGUGAACAAGGCUGGCAGCGGCACCGCGGGGAGGUACUGCGCCAUGCAGCGCGACGCCUUCUUCCGGAAGGGGGUCGCCGGGGACUGGGCGAACCACAUGACGCCGGAGAUGGCGGCGCGGCUGGACGGGAUCAUUCGCGAGAAGUUGCAAGGAACUGGGCUCGACUUCGCGCAGGGAUCAUCUCGAGAUGUUGACGUUUAGGGAGCGAAUCUCUCCGAUUCUCUCGAUCGGCGCGUUGUGUUUGAAUAAUUGAAUCUGUUUUGGGACUUUCUCCGUGGCCACAUUAGAGAAGUUUGGCGCACUCCCAUCUGUUUCGAUCGUGCAAUAAUGCAAAGUGCCAACAUAUGUGGAAUAAAAAAUGAAUUUGUAUUUGUCACAUGAAUGAAUUUGAUUAAGGUA